AAUCUCUCAGCGCGCUUGUGUGGUGUGGCAGUGACGUUCCGGACCUCUGGCCAUGGAGCUUCGUACGGCCCCUCGCGCUUCCUCUCUCCCUGGGAACGCGGCGUUCCGGGGAUGGAACCGUGUUCGCAGCCGGCGAAACCGUGCUGGGUUUCGCUUGGAUUCCGAAUUCGGGGGUGCUCGGAGGGGACGUUGCUCGCCGGUGACCGGCGGUCCGGUUCGUUGCUCGAGCGGGGCGGAGGAGCCUCCGCGGCCGGCCGCCGCGCGUGUUAUUUACGGCGUGGCCCCCGCCAUGGGUCACAACCAGGAGUCGCAUCCCGAAUCCCAUUUUAGGGUCCCAGCAAUUGUUACAGCUCUUGAGAAGAUGGAACUCACUCCAAAGGUUCGCAGUGAUGACAUUGUUGAACUUCCAACUGUUAAGCCUGCUUCUGUGGAUGAUCUAUUGCAUGUUCACACAAGAGCUUAUGUAUUGGGUCUUGAGAAGGCCAUGGACAAGGCUUCAGAUAAGGGCAUCAUUUAUAUUGAAGGCUCUGGACCAACUUAUGCCACUGCUACUACAUUCAAGGAGUCACUUGUUGCAGCUGGAGUUGGAAUGGCUUUAGUUGAUUCAGUGGUAGACGCAUCCAGCAUCACCCAGAAUCCACCAACUGCUUUUGCUUUGAUUAGACCUCCAGGCCACCAUGCCAUUCCAAAAGGACCAAUGGGUUUCUGCGUUUUUGGAAACAUAGCUAUAGCAGCUCGCUAUGCUCAACGUGUACAUGGAUUGAAGCGCAUCUUCAUUAUUGAUUUUGAUGUUCAUCAUGGAAAUGGGACCAGCGAUGCUUUCUAUGAUGAUCCAGACAUAUUCUUUCUUUCGACACACCAAGACGGAAGCUAUCCAGGUACGGGUAAAAUUGACGAGAUAGGUGUCGCAGAUGGUGAAGGCACAACCCUUAAUCUGCCACUACCUGGAGGCUCUGGAGACAUUGCUAUGAGGACUGUGUUUGAUGAAGUCAUUGCCCCAUGUGCACAAAGGUUCAAUCCAGACAUCAUCCUCGUCUCAGCCGGGUAUGAUGCUCAUGUGUUGGAUCCACUAGCAAGUUUGCAGUUCACUACAGGAACAUAUUACGCACUUGCCUCCAACAUCAAGCAACUUGCGAAAGAACUUUGCGGGGGACGCUGUGUCUUCUUUCUGGAAGGAGGAUACAACCUCCAUUCACUCUCCUAUUCCGUAGCAGACUCUUUCCGGGCUUUCCUCGGGGAGCCGAGUCUGGCAUCAAAGUUCGAUGAUCCCGCGAUAUUGUAUGAGGAACCCUUGGCCAAGGUGAAGCAAGCAAUACAGAGAGUCAAACAAUUGCAUUCAUUGUGAAUAAUCCCAAGGAUUAGAUGAAGUGUUUCCCAUCGCCUUCUAUUGGCACUCUGUAUGGUUUGUAGAACAGAUGUCUGGCUAAACCAACUUGGCAGUCUCCCUUUUGUUGUAUUGGGACCCUGCCAUAUGGAUUUUUUCAUCUAAAGGGAAAAUUAUACAUGAAUAGAUUUGAUACA